CUAACCCUUGGCAGGCAUGCACUCUAGGCAAGCUCUUACCCCAAACUCAGGUUUUGUGAUACCCACUUAAUAGGGCGUCUUUAUGGAUAGUUAUCUUUACCAGGCAACUUUUUUGAUUGAGCUUGGUGACACUCACAAAGUUCUGCACGUCUUUGCCUUGUAUUCCAGACGUCUCCACACGUCUCCUCCGGGCUCAAAGAGAAGGACCCCAGGGUGGGGAGCCUGGGGAGUUAGAGAGGCAGGUGGGCUGCGCUUGGCGCUCCAACAGCCUCCUGACUGUGGCACUGCCAGAAUCAGCUGUUCUCAAUCAGAGAUGAGAAACCCGAAGCCACAAAGGAUUGGGUUAAACAUGAGGAUUUUUGUAGCUUUAGAUUGAAUUGAAUUCAGGGUCCCUGCUGGCUCCGGGUCUGAGAGACCCAGAGGGGAGCGAGAGUAACGAAAAGCGGGAGCCUUAUUGCCCGCCUCGGGAUUCCCACUCCACCCCGCUGCCCUGGGUGUCAUCCCUCUUUGCAGGUCCUGGGGAACCCACAUAGGGGAAUGGGGUGGUGGUGGAGGGAGGAACAAUGGUCCCCUCCCCUCCCUCUCCUCGCUCCCCUCCCUCCCCAGCUGGCUGGAGGGUGGGGUCUCCCCGCCCCGCCUCCCCGCUCCUCCUCCGACCAGGCGAUGAGGUAAUCGCGCCGCUGAGAGGCACGCGCAGCCGGUGCCCAGCCCGGUCGGUCCCCGCGCCCCUUCCCGCACCCCUGACACGCUCGGGGGACCUGGGUCUCCCGGUUGCACCAUGACGGAGCGCUGCAGCCUGUGGAGUGCGCUGUCCGCCGCUGCCUGCUGCUUCUACCGUGGCUCACUGGUGCAGGUGCAGUUCUCCAAGGAGAAGUACAUUCUUGACUCGUCGCCGGAGAAGCUGCACAAGGAGUUGGAAGAGGAACUGAAGCUCAACAGCACAGACCUCCGCAGCCAUGCCUGGUACCACGGACGCAUCCCUCGGGAGGUCUCUGAGACCCUGGUGCAGCGCAACGGCGACUUCCUCAUCCGGGACUCACUCACCAGCCUGGGGGACUAUGUGCUCACGUGCCGCUGGCACAACCAGGCCUUGCACUUCAAAAUUAACAAGGUGGUGGUGAAGGCGGGUGAGAGCUACACCCACAUCCAGUACCUCUUUGAGCAGGAGAGCUUCGACCAUGUGCCAGCCCUCGUGCGUUACCACGUGGGCAGCCGUAAGGCUGUGUCCGAGCAGAGUGGGGCUAUCAUCUACUGCCCUGUCAACCGCACCUUCCCACUGCGCUACCUCGAGGCCAGCUAUGGCCUGAGCCAGGCCAGCAGCAAGGCUGCCAGCCCCGUCAGCCCCUCGGGCUCCAAGGGCAGCCACAUGAAGAGGCGAAGCGUUACCAUGACCGACGGGCUCACCACUGACAAGGUCACCCGCAGCAAUGGCUGCCCCAACAGCACCUCGCUGCCCCAUCCUCGGGACGCCAUCAGGAACUGUGCCCUCAGCAUGGACCAGAUCCCAGAACUUCACUCACCCCUGUCUCCUAUCUCCGAGAGCCCCAGCUCCCCUGCCUAUAGCACUGUAACCCGUGUCCAUGCCGCCCCCAACACCCCGUCUACCACAGCACAGCCUGCCUCUCCGGUUGCACGCCGCUCCAGUGAACCUCAGCUAUCUCAUGGAAGUGCUCCAAAGCCUCCUGGGGAGUCAGAAAAGGGUCCCCACGCAAGCCCAUCUCACACCUUCUGUAAAGCCCCACCGUCCCCAUCCCUCAACAGCUACAGUGACCCGGACUCUGGCCAUUACUGUCAGCUCCAGCCUCCUGUCCGUGGCAGCCGAGAGUGGGCCGCGGGAGAGGCCCCCCGGAAGACUUGGAGCUCUGGGGAGAGGCAAAAGGAACUGUCGGAAAAUGGGGUCCCUGACGGGGAGUGGGGCAAGACCUUCACAGUCCCUGUCGUGGAAGCCACCUCGUCUUUCAACCUGGCUACCUUCCAGUCACAGCUGAUCCCCAAGGAGAACCGGCCUCUGGAGGCGAGCCUUCUGCGCAAGGUCAAGGAGCUGCUGUCGGGGGUGGAUGCCCGGACGCUGGCCCGGCACGUCACCAAGGUUGACUGCCUGGUUGCUAGGAUACUGGGCGUUACCAAGGAGAUGCAGACCCUAAUGGGAGUCCGCUGGGGCAUGGAGCUGCUUACCCUCCCCCACGGCCGGCAGCUAAGACUAGACCUGCUGGAAAGAUUCCAUACCAUGUCCAUCAUGCUGGCGGUGGAUAUCCUGGGCUGCACGGGCUCCGCAGAGGAGCGGGCAGCGCUGCUGCAUAAGACCAUCCAGCUGGCGGCCGAGCUGCGGGGGACGAUGGGCAACAUGUUCAGCUUCGCUGCGGUCAUGGGCGCCCUGGAGAUGGCCCAGAUCUCGCGGCUGGAACAGACGUGGGUGACCCUGCGGCAGCGGCACACGGAGGGUGCCAUUCUGUAUGAGAAGAAGCUCAAGCCUUUCCUCAAAAGUCUCAAUGAGGGCAAAGAAAGCCCGCCCCUGAGCAACACCACCUUCCCACACGUGCUGCCGUUCAUUACUCUGCUGGAGUGUGACUCGGCCCCCGCCGAGGGCCCUGAACCCUGGGGCAGCACAGAACACGGCGUGGAGGUUGUGCUAGCACACUUGGAGGCCGCCCGCACUGUGGCACAGCACGGGGGUCUCUAUCACACCAACGCCGAGGUCAAGCUGCAGGGGUUCCAGGCCCGGCCGGAGCUGCUGGAAGUGUUCAGUACAGAGUUUCAGAUGCGCCUCCUCUGGGGCAGCCAGGGUGCUGGCAGCAGCCAGGCCCGGCGCUAUGAGAAGUUUGAAAAAGUCCUCACUGCCUUGUCCCACAAGCUGGAACCUGCCAUCCGCUCUAGCGAGCUGUGACCCCGGAGAACUUGCCUCUCUGCAGCUGCGGGCAGCAUUGGGGGCAGAGGGGUUCAGGACUUUCCCAAGACACCACAGGAACACUGUGAUCGGCCCAAGAAUGUUCUGGGUUCAACUCCAGGAUCCCCCUUGCACUUCCAGGGUUCUGAAUGGACUCGGAAUUCCAUCCUUCCAUCAGACACACACAGAGUCUCCCUUCCAAAAGGACAGGAACCUCUGUUCUUCCCACCGGCUUCCGCUGUUUCCCAUCUCUGCCGAGGUGCCCUGUUUUUGAGCCAGGGGAGGUUCCCUGUCCCUCUACCUUCCUCCGGCUCUCCAUCUUGCUGUAAAUAAGUCCGAUCUGUAAAUAUAUGUACAGAAGCCACACCUUCUCUUUCAUACAAUAAACUUGAAUGGCUUUCUUCUGUCCUGCGA